UACCAUCCUGUUCAGAGAAAGGGAAUUAUCGGGAUAUUUAAGAAUUUUAAAGUUACUGGAUUACAAAUAGUAAAAUUUUACCGAAGAUAUGAUAGAAAUGGCUUCUGAGAGUGAAAUUUUAGAGUUGACACAAGACGAAAGACAACAGUUGCUGAAAUUUGACAGUUGCUCCUUCGGGUUCCUGAAGUUGGACAAACCGGAAGAAGCUUCCACAAAAUGCCUUUUGGAGAAGGGUGUGAAGUUCUACGAGUUUGUGAUCAAAACAGCCGUCAAGAAAGCCAAGAGAGACGGCGGCAAACCCCAGAUAGAGGCGGCCAUCUUCUGUAGACUGGGCCACCUGCUCUUGCUGUUGGAACAGUAUGAAAAAGCGUUGUCCGCCUACCAGAAGUACUACCAGCUGCACGAAUGCCACUGGAAGAAUGCACCAUUCCUGUACGGCCUUGGAUUUGUCUACUUCCAUUUCAACGCAUACCAACUAGCUACGAGAGCGUUCCAGCAGGUAUUGUACACCGACCCGGCAUUCACACGUGCCAACGAGAUCCACAUUCGCCUCGGCUUCAUCUUCAAGAUUGGCAAGGACUUUGACAAGAGCUUGAAGCAUUUCCGCAAUGCCCUGUCAGACUGCAGUCCCUGCUCAUUGACCAAGGCUCAGAUUAAGCUGCACAUAGCCCACCUGUACGAAGUUCAGGGCCAGUACAAGCAGGCGAAGGAAGCGUAUGAACAGUUCAUCAGCUCCGAGGACUGUAUAGAGGAUACAUACAGGGCCACCGCCAACAAACAACUUGGCUGGCUGUUCCACACAGUUGAUAUCCUUGGGGAGAAGUCUGCACGCGAAGAGCUCGCCAUUCACCAUUUGAAAGAGUCCCUCAAGUACGACAAAUCCAACGGACAAACCUGGUACCUCCUUGGCAGGUGUUACUCAAGCCUCGGGAAAGUGCAUGAUGCCUUUGUCUCGUACCGAAACUCCAUCGACAAGUCCGAGGCCAGCGCAGACACUUGGUGCUCCAUAGGGGUUCUGUACCAGCAGCAGAACCAGCCUAUGGACGCGUUGCAGGCCUACAUCUGUGCCGUACAGUUGGACAAGUCUCACUCCGCCGCUUGGACCGACCUGGGCCUCCUCUACGAGACCUGCAGUCAGCCCAAGGACGCCCUUACAUGCUAUAUUAACGCCAGCAAGACGGCUAAAGGAGGAGUGGUUAGCCCGAGUCUGAGUGGGAAGAUCAAAUUCCUGCAGCAGCAUCUCUCCAAGGUGAUGCAGCAUCUACAGACCAAACCCAGAACCCUGCCAAGUAUUGAAGAAGCGUGGGCUUUACCCAUUCCUGCCGAGCUAACCUCCAGGCAGGGGUCCGGUACCCCUCACACCGUGCAGAAAUCUGAAGGAACCAGUCCAUUACCAGGCCAACAGGCUUUUGGAAAUCAAAGUGCAAUAAUUGAAGACAAGAAAAAGAAAAUGCAGAGGAAAAGGGCUGCAGGUGAAAUGGAGGGUCCAUCCCCACCUGCAACACCAGCCACACCCCAACUCCUGUUACCUCAUCAAUUACAGAUACUCCAUCAGCUACAAAACAAGGCAAAUCUAGACCCUCAACAACGACAGUUACUACAGGAUCUUCAGCACCAGGUGUAUCUACAACAACAACAUGCCAAAAUGCACAUACUCAAUCAACAGAGUCAGGGCCAGCUACAAUCAGGGAGCAGCUCACAGCCCGGGGGACAGUUUGGUCCCCAGGGCCCUCUUGGAUCUCAGCCCCAGCAGUUCUCACCGCUGGGCACCAGUGCCGAAAAUAGGGGCCAGGACCCCGCUUCUCAGGGACGACCCCCAUCGCUAGAUAGAUUCUCACCCUUCCAUCAUGGCAACCAGGGCCAGAGUCCGCUGAAAGGCCCUCAGUUGCCCGCGGGCUUUCAAGGUCAGGGUCAUCCAUCAUCGGGCAACAUUCCAUUCUCAUCAAGUACGAUGUCUCAGGAUUUACAUGUAGAUAGCUCUUUACCAAAGUCAUUAGAAAGUGGAACAGUGAAUGAAAAAGAGAUAACAGACUUUGCGCAAGACUUGUUAAAACAGUUCAGCAGUGGUAGUAUACAGUCGCAAGAGCUUUUAGGUGAGAAAUUGACGUCGGGUGACGUGAAGUCUAGUCACGGGGUCGGCAGCACGGGUGUACAUUCCACAUCUACUCAGGACACAGCUGGUGGGCCAAGCCUCGAGAAAUUAAUGAAAUUCGACAGCGAGGUGUCGAAAUGUGAUAGCGAGGAAUCCAAAUACAGCUCACUCCCCAAAUUGAACAUCCACAUGUCCGGGGAACAGAUCCUUACUGUGUGUAAAGGACAUGGUCGAAGUGGUUUAACAUUGAGCGUGUUAGGUGACCGCCCCCCACCAAGACCCCCCAGUCCCCCCCAGCCCCCUCUCCCCAAGGACAGGCUCAACCCACCCACACCCAGUGUAUAUUUGGAGUUAAAAAAGGAUGCAAGUUCCCCGGAGUUACAACAGUACUGUCAAUCUCAGCCUGUCGUCGUUAUACGAGGGAUGGCCAGUGCUCUCAAACUUGACCUUGGCCUGUUUUCUACCAAGUCGUUGGUUGAGGCCAAUGCAGAGCAUGCAGUGGAAGUGAGGACCCAGAAAAUGCAGGCUCCGGACGAAAACAGGGACCAGUUUGGGAAUAAGGUGUGGUACUGCGCGAGUAAUCGGAACAGAACUACAAUUGCCAAGUAUGCCCAGUACCAGGCGGCCAGUUUCCAGGAGUCUCUCAGGGAGGAGCAAGAGAAAGCCAAGGGAAUUUUCAAAGAAUCUGACAGCGACUCAAAUUCAUCUGUUUCAUCCAAACGAAAGAAGAUGAUAAAAUUCGGCACAAAUGUUGAUCUCUCCGACCAGAAGAAAUGGUAUCAACAGCUACAAGAGAUAGCGAAACUGCCCGCAUUUUGUCGGCUCGUGUCGGGCAGUAACCUUCUAAGCCAUGUCGGGCACACGAUACUGGGCAUGAACACGGUACAGCUGUAUAUGAAGGUUCCAGGGGCAAGAACUCCAGGACACCAGGAGAAUAACAAUUUCUGUUCCGUGAAUAUCAACAUUGGCCCAGGAGACACUGAGUGGUUCGCAGUGCCGGAACAAUACUGGGGGGUUAUACAUAGCAUGUGCGAAAGGAAUGGUGUGGACUAUCUAACAGGCUCUUGGUGGCCUGUACUGGAGGAUCUGUAUGAGGAAAAUGUUCCCGUGUACAGGUUUAUACAGAAGCCAGGAGAUCUCGUCUGGGUAGGGCCAGGAUGCGUACACUGGGUGCAGGCCAUUGGCUGGUGUAACAACAUUGCGUGGAACGUUGGUCCGAUGACGACACGUCAGAUUCAGCUAGGUUUGGAACGAUACGAGUACAACAAGCUACAGAACUACAAGUCCAUCGUGCCUAUGUUACAUCUUGUCUGGAACAUUGCCAAAAAUGUGAAAAUUGCUGACCAGAAACUGUUUGAGUUAGUCAAGUCGACACUUGUGUGUUCGUUGCGCAACAUACAGUUAACGCUAGACUUUGUGGGCUCCAUGGGUAUUGACAUUAAGUGGCACGGAAGAGUAGAGGGGGAGGCUGCACACUACUGUAAUGUAUGUGAGGUUGAGGUGUUCAACAUAUUAUUCGUGAAAGAGCAGGACAGCAAAUUUGUCGUUCACUGUCAAGACUGCUCGCGGAAAAUCCACCCCCGCCUUGAGGGAUUUGUCGUGCUCAACCAGUACCGGCUAGACGACCUAGUCGGUGUAUAUGACGUGUUUACAAUGCAGAUGCCUACACGUCAAAUACAUGGAUAUUGAUCUCGUUACAUUUAUGGUGUGUCAUCCAGAUAGGGAAUCAAUGGCCAUCAACUCAUCUAACUUCAUACCUCAUCUACUUAUUUAUUGACUACAUUUCAGUCAUCCCACAGUGAAAUAGAUUAUUGUGUUGACCAUUUCUAAUGGAUCACCCCUCAUCACUCAUUUUACUUCCAAUUGUUCAUUUUCUUUGUGUAGACCAUAACUUGUGUAUCAUCCCUCAUCAGGUUAUAUAUAUAUAUACAGUGGGUCAUUUUCCUAAAUUGUGUUGACCAUAACUUGUGGAUCAACCCUCAACAGGCAUAUUCUACAGUGGGUCAUUUUCCUUAAUUGUGUUGACCAUAACUUGUGGAUCAACCCUCAACAGGCAUAUUCUACAGUGGGUCAUUUUCCUUAAUUGUGUUGACCAUAACUUGUGGAUCAACCCUCAACAGGCAUAUUCUACAGUGGGUCAUUUUCCUUAAUUGUGUUGACCAUAACUUGUGGAUCAACCCUCAACAGGCAUAUUCUACAGUGGGUCAUUUUCCUUAAUUGUGUUGACCAUAACUUGUGGAUCAACCCUCAACAGGCAUAUUCUACAGUGGGUCAUUUUCCUUAAUUGUGUUGACCAUAACUUGUGGAUCAACCCUCAAACGGCAUAUUCUACAGUGGGUCAUUUUCCUUAAUUGUGUUGACCAUAACUUGUGGAUCAACCCUCAACAGGCAUAUUCUACAGUGGGUCAUUUUCCUUAAUUGUGUUGACCAUAACUUGUGGAUCAACCCUCAAACGGCAUAUUCUACAGUGGGUCAUUUUCCUUAAUUGUGUUGACCAUAACUUGUGGAUCAACCCUCAACAGGCAUAUUCUACAGUGGGUCAUUUUCCUUAAUUCUGUUGACCAUAACUUGUGGAUCAACCCUUACCAAGCAUAUAUUACAGUGGGUCAUCUUAAAUUGUGUUGACCAGAAUUUGUGGAUCAUCCCUCAACAGGCAUAUUCUACAGUGGGUCAUUUUCCUUAAACAUGUUGACCAUAACUUGUGGAUCAUCCCUCAUCUACACUUGAAUGGGUCAUACAUGUGUUUCCAUAAACAUUUAAGUACACAUUUGAUUAUUUCUUGGUGGUUGAUCAACUUUUAAUUUGUAUUGAAAAUUUGUGGUCUUCUCAUUUGCAAAUGAUACUGUACAUUAUUUUAAUUUCUCAAGCGUUUUAUAUUUGUGAUUUUUCGUGAAAUAAUCAAGCCACAAUUAAAAAUCUAGUGAAGUAUUAAAAUUACUGUUUUUCUAUUGUUUUUAUGACUGAAUAUUUCAAUAAUGUUGUCUCGAAUAUUUUAAACCUUUAAAAAUUCACCAAGACCAAUAUAUCAUUGAUAAAUGGAAGACCUUGAAAAAUUAAAGCAACUUCUUGUACAUUUCUGUUUUUGGAUCAUCCCUCGUUGUUUAGAUGUUAGGAAUGCAUGGAUGAACUCCGGACUCGGUAAUAGAUGUGCAAAUGAUGCAGUUGUAUAAAAUUGUGUUUGUUGGCUAUAUGUUGCAUUUCAUUAUAAUAGUUGUUAGUUGUUAGUGAAAUAUGAAAGUCAUUGUGUAUAGUGCCGUGUAAGUAACACAAAACUUAACAAUGUUUUACAUGUUUUGAAUGUUAUUUAUUUUUUAUAAUGAAUUCAUUUUCUACGGUUAACUUACAAAGUUAGUUCUAGUAUUGUAAAUGUUUGUCUUUUUUCUUUUUUUUUCAUCCCAAACUGUGAGACCGCUUACCGUAAGUUUUUAAGUCUGACCUUUUGAAAAAGAAUGGACGUCAGAUAAUGUGAUGAUUUACCCAUUAAUGAAUUAAAAAUUAACACA